AUGGCGGGCCAAAAUACAUACCUCACGUACAAACGUGAGACAGCAGAGUUGCUGUACUGGGUUAUCCAGGCGUCCAACAGCAUCAUCCAGAAGACUGGUGCUCAAGAUGAAGAUGGCUUGAGCUUGCUCAACACAACUGGCAAGACGACGGUGCAUGGUCUCGUGUCCAUGGUAUCCAAACUAAUCGCAGAGCAUAUUGGAGAGCAGACUGUCCCACCCAUCAUCUUCCGUUUGUUCCAAUCUGUCAUCGAGGCGCGAGAGGCCACACACGAGUUCUUUCUGCAAGUGGCAACUGCAAGUUCUGAUCCAGAGAUUGACAAGAGCAAUGAUUCGCACAAACACUUUAUCAGUGCCUUAAAGGAAGCCUGGAAGGCAUUGAGCGGCGUUUCAGAAGCUUCGAAGGCGAAAGCUGACGCCGGAUCGAAUCCAGCGACCCCUCCAGAGAGAGUAGAGGAGCGUGACCCGAACCCCAAAACUGUUGGGGACGACAACAACGUUAUCCACUUAGCCAACAAGUUUGCAUCUCUCUACCUUGGCUCCGUCGAUGAGGAGGACGACGAUAACGAAGAAGGGGCUGGCAACGGUGCUAGUGAAGGGCCUUCCGCAGCCGCUUCCGUCCGCAAAUCUCAGAAAAAGUCGAACGGCAAGGGCAAGAAGAAGAUCCGCGGAAGAAAAUCGAAGCACAAGAAGAAUCAGAUGAAACCAGCCGUGCCAGAGUCGACCCUUGAAAGCAUACCAAUCGAGAGCUACCGCAUCAUCGAAGACAACGAGGGCAUCAUGACAGACUACUUAAUUGCCACUUAUUCACUGACUUUCGAGUGGAUGUCUCUUCGCAGCUUUCUGCAAAAGACUUGGAAAGAGGUUGCCUAUGAAGGCCUGAACUCUGCCGUCGCCGGGACGUUAAGCAACGUGGCAAUCUCAAUGUUGAAGAGAUCAGAACUGGCCAUGCACGUCGACUUUCCAGAUCACGACUCUUAUCAUACCGUUGUGAACACGAUCACACGGGGAGAUAUGAGUAGCACGCAAGGGACUAUCAAGGUACAGAAGUUUUCAUUCGACGAAAGAGCACCAGCCAAGGUGGAAGGUGUGACACUUGAUAUCAAGGAACAGCUCAUGAUUCACGCCUACAACGAUCUGCUUGACUUUUUAACAGACUUCCAGGAAAAUCGCAACGGAAGACCAACCAAAUCUAUGCUUGCUAAGAUAGACAAGUGGGAUCCCAGCUUCGACUUACAGCGGGCAACGCAAAAGGAACGACUGAAAUGGCGCCGGUCGUACACCAUCAACUGGCUCUACGAUCUUGUCAACCUCUUCUCUACCGUUGUGUUCAUGACGUAUCUCAUCAAGGGCCAGCAACCUGCCCUCGAAAAGAUCGACUGGUCAACUGACGCGUCUUGGAGCCGGCAUAGGAGACUAUUGGGCUUGACCGAAUUUGCUAGUGAGGUCACUUCUCUUGCAAUGCAUAAGAAAGGAACAGAUGUUCGCAGAAAGAUUCAACCUCACACGGUAUUUCAACUCCAGUGCAUUGUUGAUUCCUUCAUGGUCUCACGCGGGUUUGCGACGGACGAAACCCAAGGCUAUGUGUUGUCAUCGCCAGCUCAUCAGUUCUCACCGAGACGUGACGUGUCUCUGUUUCUAGGCCGCUCGCCAGGAUUCUUUUAUUCAAUCGAAGCUCUGGUACACCUAUUCAAAGAGAUCGGGGUGGCCAAUAGCGUCCAGAGCUCGCACGGCGACAAGACGUACAAGACGUGUAUGCAGCACCUCAGCAAAACCGCAUACGAGGUCGGAAUGUGGCUGGGAAGAUCGCAUAAGAUGAUUGGAUUUGACAAGAAAGUACAGGCAUCACGAUUCAGCAGCACGAAUGCAGAUGGGCUUUGGGAGUACUCCCCAUUCAUAUGCGGCGUCGGCCUGAUGGAGAGCCUAGAGAUCGCGUACCUGGAUGGCAUGAUGGUUUUUGAUUCAACUCCAGAGCCGUUGCUCCUGGUGCACCUUUACAAUAUGCUUGUUCAGAGAGGCUACAUCACUGAACCGUGUGGGAUGUACGUUGUCUUACAGUCAUUCUUUCCAGACACGUUUUUUGUUGAUGGCAAGGUUCCGACCUCUCGCUUUUCUGAUGCCCUGACUGCCAGGUAUAUUGCGAACUCUCAAUCCUGCACCAGAAAUAGGCAAGCAAUGUCAGUAUCCAAGCCUCUGUUUAAUGAUCUCUAUCGGGUAACCGAUAUCGAUCAAAACGUGUUCUUCAAAACGCCUAGCACUCUCGUGUUGUAUCGAAAGGCGGCCUGGAAUUACGAGCGAAUUCCAGACAGCUUUGUCAACCCUUUCAGCCUGCUGGGUGCGCUUCGACUAGGGAAAACGAACCCCAUCUUAGACCCAGAGACCGGAGAUCUUCGAAUGGCAGACACGGAACUAACAAGAAAAAUACGCGCCUACUAUGAUGAAGAGAAAUUGUUGUAUAUUUGCUGGUUGGCCCGCUCCAUGAUUCUCGGUGUUCGUGAGGAUUCUGCCAAAAUGGCGGCAGAAAUGGCCAUUUUGGGCGACCGCAUCCCUAGCAACCUGCCUCAUCUCAGGCAGAACCUCGGUACAGGCGAUCGGGUCGGAUCCAAGGCCCAGGACAUGCAGCUGGACAUGGACGGCGUUCAUGUGCUCGAAAUCCUGAAACAAGAUAUAUGUGCCGACAUCUGCGGUGACGGACUGUCCGGAGUCAAGCUACUUUCCGGAGUCAAUUUCUUCCAACUAGCCUACUUUAUGCAUGAUGACUUUAAAGAAAUAGAGAGCCGGCUGGAUAAGACGCGAAACCCUUCAUACAACCUGGUGUACGAAGCAGGCGUACAGAAUUUGGAGUACAAGCGAGGCCGACUCGUGAAGCUGGCCCUGAGCGGCGGUGCUGACGAGGACUGCUUACGUAUCAUGGCAGACCAUUUUCAAAACAAACCAAGGGACUACAGCACCUAUUGGGAUUGA